UUUCCGAUAACCUAAGCCAAAAAAAAAAGAGCAACCUUUAUCAAUCUGUGAAUUGUAGUAAUCUUCUCGCCACAAAGAAAUAAAAUUUGGAAUUCGGAUUAUUAUUCUUCUUCAUCUUCCUCCUCCGUAUAUUCAUUUGUUUUUCCCGCACUUUCUCACCGGAGAAUAUGAGGUGGGAAAGGGUCCGACAACAACAGCAACAAGUGGGUCUCGGUCAGUCUUAUUCCGGGCCCGGUAAGAGGUGGGGGCACACUUGUAACGCCAUUAAAGGAGGUAGCUUUCUCUACGUUUUCGGUGGCUAUGGCAGAGAUAAUUGCCAAACCAAUCAAGUCCAUGUUUUCGACGCUGCAAAGCAGAUAUGGACUCAGCCAAUUAUCAAUGGCACACCUCCUCCUCCUAGGGAUAGUCACAGCUGUACAACCGUCGGAGACAACUUGUUUGUGUUUGGUGGUACUGAUGGAAUAAAACCUCUUAACGAUUUGCACAUUCUAGAUACUUCUUCACAUACUUGGAGAUGCCCGAGUGUUAGGGGAGAGGGACCUGAGGCAAGAGAAGGUCAUAGCGCUACGUUGGUUGGUAAAAGGCUGUUUGUCUUUGGUGGCUGUGGGAAAUCUUCUAAUAUUAAUGACGAAAUCUAUUAUAAUGACCUUUACGUACUUAAUACAGAGACUUUUGUGUGGAAACGUGCUGUUACAAUGGGGAAUCCUCCAUCUGCGCGGGAUAGCCACUCUUGCGCCUCGUGGAAGAACAAAAUUGUUGUAAUAGGUGGUGAAGAUGGACAUGACUACUAUCUGUCUGAUGUUCAUAUCCUUGAUACAGGUCUUGGCUACGAUGCUAGAUUUGAUCAGAAUGUAGGGAGGUUGUCUUUAAAGAAGCAACUGAAGAUGAAAUGCCAAGAACAAAGUAAUGCAAGUUCCUUAUACGAUCAAUCACUUGUCAGAAUCAAUAUGGAUCAUCAAGGAAGAGGGAAUUUUGGUGUGAACUCGGGCCAAUUUAAUGAAGGAAAGAUGAUGUUUCAAGCCCGCAUAACUGAGAAUUACCAAGUUGGUUACACUAUAGAAACUAUGAUUGAUGGAAAACUGCUUCGUGGUGUUUUGUUUUCAAACAAGCAUAGCUCCGUUCUGGCGACCGAUCAAAGCUUUAGUAGAAAGAGGCCAGCUAUGUCGAACGGCGAUCAGGACAACAGAUCAAAGAUAUCAAGAACUUUGAUCCAGGGUCAAGCUGAUGCUAUGGAAACCAAAGUUUCUCCAUCAAACGGCUUGGAGGCUGGUAUUGAUAACAUCAGCAACCCUCCGGAUGUUAUUGUAAACACGUUGGCAGUGGCACCACAUGCAACUGAAAUGGCUAUUGUUUCAUUUGAUGCCAAGAACCAAGUUGCAACUCAACCCGAUAUGGUGCCUUUCUAA